AUGGUCAAAAGGGUUGCGGUCAUUGGCGCUGGUGCUAGCGGCGCUGCCGCUGCAGCCGCCCUCCAAGCGGAAGAUUACUUUGAUAUCGUAAAAGUCUUUGAACGGAGAGACACUGCUGGUGGCGUAUGGAACUUCGACCCCGAUCCAGGCCAUAUUCCGCUAAAGCCUGGCGCCCUGCCACCGACUGUCGAUCCAGCAGUAUCCGUACCAUCGAAACUACCUUGUACUACUCCGCCACUGUCACAGAAUCGAUUCGAUAAGACGCCCGUCUAUGAUGGCUUACUUACAAAUGUCCCCGAUGUGGCCAUGUGCUUUACCGACUUCCCCUUUCCUUAUGGACCCUUUGUAGGAAGUCAUGUACCGAAACAGUAUAUUCAGAGCUACUUCUCGCUGCAUCAGACGGACUCUCUCGUGUCUUACAACACUACUGUCGAGGACCUGAGUCGACUGCCGGGUCAUCGUUGGAAACUGGCUUUGAGGAAGCAUGACGCUGCGAGGAAUGUCGACGAGUGGUGGGAAGAGGAGUUUGAUGCUGUGAUUCUGGCUAAUGGACAUUAUGGUGUGCCAUAUAUACCGCAGGUCACAGGACUAGAAGCGUUCAUCUCCAAAUAUCCGAAGAGAGUGGAGCAUUCCAAGGCAUGGCGGACUACCAAAGCAUAUAGAGAUGAAAGAGUCCUCAUCAUUGGAAACUCUGCUUCCGGCUACGACAUCACGCAGCAUCUGCUUAAGUCCCCUGAUACCGUCAAGCCGAUCUAUCUAUCUCGCCGCUCAAAACGGGGAUGGGAUGAUGGUGAUCCGCCGGAUGGGCUGGUGUAUAAGCCGGUCAUCAAAGAAUACAAGAAAGAUGGGACAAUCUUAUUUGAGGACGGUUCAUCGCUCAAACACAUCGACAAGGUCAUCUACUGCACCGGUUACAAGGCCUCCUUCCCCUUCUGGAACUCGGAGGCCAAUGGUGGCCAUCUGUUCGACUACAAGGCCAAUCGCCUCAUCAACAGCUAUCAGCACGUAUUCUUCCAAGACUACCCGACGUUGGCGACCAUCGGCUUUCCGGUAGCGCUCACAUUCCGCUCCUUUGAAUACCAGGCUGUCGCCAUCGCGCGUCUGUGGGCUGGACGUAACGCUCUAGCGAUGCCUUCCAUCCCGGAGCAGAAGGCCUGGGAGCAUCACCGUGCGGAAGUGACGCGCAGGACGGGGCAGAGGUUCCAUCAGGUCAUGUGGGACUCGGGCGAGUGCACGGAGUGGCUGAGGUGGUUCUACGAGCUUGCUGGCCUGCCGACGCUGGAAGGGCAUGGGAGGAGUCCGCCUGUGUUGGAUGCGAAGACGCGGUGGGCGAUUGAUCAUGUGCGGCGGUAUCCUGGGCCGAGGAGUGUUGAGGGAAAUUCUGGUGGGAAGCGUGAGGAUGCGUUGUGGUUCCUGUGA